UUAAAUUAUAAGUUUAUAACCCUAGCCCCCAUUUCUACUCCCAAAGGAACAGAUCUAGUAUUUUUUUUUUUUUUGAUUCCGGUCAAUGGGAAGGAUCUUGAACUAAGAAAUAGUUCCUGAAUACUCAGAAAUGGAUAUCUUUUUGCCAUAUUUCAGAUUGUAUGAGUCGUAUUAAUGAUAAUACGAAUCAUUAUGUUAAUUCAUUGUUCUUACCAUUCAUUUCUACCAAAUUUGAUUAAUGGGUAUUUGAAAAACCUUUAAUUUAUCCAUCAAAAUCUCAUGGGCAAUUCAGUUUCGUGUUCAUCAAUGCAGUCUUUGCUGAUGCCAUGUCGUAGAUAUUGCACAAGUGUUGCAAUUGCCUAUAAUUCUCAAAUUGCUCGCUAUGCUAGAAUCGGGCAAAUCGAGAGUGCUAGAAGGGUGUUUGAUGAAAUGCCUGAUAAGGGUAUUGUUUCUUGGAACUCGAUGGUUGCUGGGUAUUUCCAAAAUAAUCGGCCUCGUGAAGCUCGGUAUCUGUUUGAUAAAAUGCCUGAGAGGAACACUGUUUCUUGGAAUGGGUUGAUAUCUGGGUAUGUAAAAAAUAGAAUGGUUAGUGAAGCUCGUAAAGCUUUUGAUACAAUGCCUGAAAGGAAUGUCGUUUCGUGGACUGCCAUGGUUAGGGGAUAUGUGCAAGAGGGUUUGGUUUCAGAGGCCGAAACUCUUUUUUGGCAAAUGCCUGAAAAGAAUGUUGUGUCAUGGACAGUGAUGUUGGGUGGUUUAAUUCAAGUGCGGCGGAUUGAUGAGGCCCGGGGGCUUUUUGAUAUUAUGCCAGUUAAAGAUGUGGUUGCUAGGACUAAUAUGAUAUCUGGGUAUUGUCAGGAAGGUCGAUUGGCGGAAGCUAGAGAGCUCUUUGAUGAAAUGCCUCGUCGGAAUGUGAUUUCUUGGACUACUAUGAUAUCUGGGUAUGUCCAGAAUGGGCAGGUGGAUGUUGCGAGGAAACUUUUUGAGGUGAUGCCAGAGAAGAACGAGGUGUCAUGGACAGCAAUGUUGAUGGGUUACACCCAGGGUGGGAGGAUUGAAGAGGCUUCUGAGCUUUUUGAUGCAAUGCCUGUGAAGGCUGUUGUUGCUUGUAACGCCAUGAUCCUCGGGUUUGGCCAGAAUGGGGAGGUAGCUAAAGCAAGGCAAGUGUUUGAUCAAAUUAGGGAAAAGGAUGAUGGAACAUGGAGUGCAAUGAUUAAGGUUUAUGAGCGGAAGGGGUUUGAAGUAGAAGCACUUAAUUUGUUUGCGUUAAUGCAAAGAGAAGGAGUUCAAUCAAAUUUCCCUUCUUUGAUCAGUGUUCUUUCUGUUUGUGCUAGCCUAGCAAGUCUUGAUCAUGGUAGACAGGUGCAUGCGGAGUUGGUGAAAUCUCAAUUUGAUUCCGAUGUAUUUGUUGCCUCAGUUCUGAUCACAAUGUAUGUUAAGUGUGGUGAUCUUGUGAAGGCAAGACAGAUUUUUGACCGGUUUUCUCCCAAGGAUAUUGUCAUGUGGAAUUCUAUUAUCACAGGUUAUGCUCAGCAUGGCUUGGUAGAAGAAGCCUUGCAAGUUUUCCAUGAAAUGUGUUCUUCCGGCAUGGCAACUGAUGGUGUUACCUUUGUUGGAGUUCUGUCAGCAUGUAGCUACACCGGGAAAGUAAAAGAAGGCCUUGAAAUUUUUGAGUCAAUGAAAUCUAAGUACCUGGUGGAGCCAAAAACUGAACAUUAUGCUUGCAUGGUUGAUCUGCUUGGCCGAGCAGGCCUUGUAAAUGAUGCAAUGGAUUUAAUACAAAAGAUGCCAGUAGAAGCAGAUGCCAUUAUUUGGGGUGCCUUACUAGGUGCAUGUAGAACCCACAUGAACAUGAAUUUGGCUGAAGUGGCAGCAAAGAAACUUCUACAGCUUGAGCCCAAAAAUGCUGGGCCUUAUAUACUGUUAUCAAAUAUUUAUGCAUCAAAAGGUAGAUGGGGCGAUGUUGCAGAGCUGAGGAGAAAUAUGAGGGUGAAGAAGGUGAGCAAAUCACCUGGAUGUAGUUGGAUUGAGGUGGAGAAAAGAGUGCAUAUGUUUACUGGGGGUGUGAGUACGAAGCAUCCUGAGCUUUCAAGUAUCAUGAAAAUGCUGGAGAAAUUAGAUGGGAUGUUGAGAGAAGCUGGAUAUUAUCCUGAUAGCAGUUUUGUGCUGCAUGAUGUGGAUGAGGAAGAGAAAGUGCGUAGCUUGGGGUAUCACAGUGAGAGGCUGGCCGUGGCAUUUGGACUUUUGAAGGUACCUGAAGGGAUGCCCAUUCGGGUAAUGAAGAAUCUUCGGGUUUGUGGAGAUUGCCAUUCUGCAAUUAAAUUAAUAGCAAAAAUAACAGGCCGAGAGAUCAUUGUGAGGGAUGCUAACAGAUUCCAUCACUUUAAGGAUGGCUUCUGUUCUUGCAGGGACUAUUGGUGAUUGCAUGGCUCCUAAUGUUGUCCAUUAGAUCCUACAAGGUUGCUGUCUUGACGUAAAGAUCAUGCGCAGCCUCCUAACAUGGCCAUCAUCGGAUCUUCAGUGCCAAAUACAUGGCCAGAUGACAAUAUGUUCAGUUUCUAGAAAGACCUUCCAUGACAAGAAAAAUAUUGUAAAAUUGAGUUAGAUUCAUGUUUUGCCAUUCAGCUAUGAGAUUGAAGGUAUACAUGGUUCACCUCAAGACAGUUAAGAGAGAAAAUUGAACGUAACACCAUUCUGACAGUCUUCAUACUCUUAUUCAUGAUUGUUUUUCAUGUAUGAGUUUGAAGGUUGGAUUAUGAUGGUCUACAUGCGGGAAGACAUCCAAAAUAAACAUGUUUGCAGUAUUAUCCAUUGGAAAAAGCAUAGCAUACAGCUCGUGGAAGGCAAUUCCUUCUCAAAGAGUUCUGCAAACCAUUCUUAAAGGCAAACAAUCAUACUGCAUUCGUGUUUGGGCAAUAUUUGGAUCCAAAGACUCGUGAAAUCCAAGUGGACAAAUAAAUGAAUGCAGAAAAUAAAUGCAUCCUGCACUAUGGAUGGUGCUUUCUUUGUGGAAAUAGUAAGAAAACACAAUUUGUGUCAAGAACAAUGGAUUCUGUGUCAAACUGUGUACAAACAGUGUAAUGCUUCAAUCUACAUAGCACAUUAAAAUGGUGGGAGCGCAUUAAGGAAAAAAAGGGAUCUGUUUCUUUCCUGAUAGGUUAUCCCAUACAAUGGCAAGAGUGAAUGUGAAGCUCCUAAAAAUGAUUUGACUGACACUUGUGUGAUUAUGAUCAUAAUGCAGUUUUCUUUUCAUGCUUUCCUGUCAUGAUUCUGGGGUUUUUAACUGAUGUAGUCCCCUUCCCCUUUUUGAAGUUGUUUGAAUUUUU